AUGGCUGUUGUGUUCACUGUUUGCAGUGGUCUAGGGAAGAAUAAUUUGACACACUGGGUAACAGCUGCUGUCUGCCUCCCAGGUCCCAGAACUCACAUGGUACUGUGGAGAAGAGGUUGUCCACAGUGUACGCCGGCAACCAGCAAAGAAAGCCUGCCUGCGGCAAUGGCAAACCCUUCUGAGGAACCUCUGAAGAAGUGUUUCUUAUGUGGGAAACAUGUGCAUUACAAGAAUGUACAGCUUUUGUUCCAGCUUAUUUAUCCACAUACUGGCUGCGUUCAUGGGAGGCAGACAGCAAGUCUUUGUGGAAAGAAACAGGAAGGAAUUUCAAAAGCCAUUAAGAGAGCUCAAAUAAUGGGGCUCAUGCAAGUGAUGUGCAAGGGUCCUGCAUAUCUCAGAGACCUCAAGUUUGCAACAUAA